GGACAUGCGUCAGCUUCCAAAGUGGGUUAAACCGAGAGGCCCAUAUCGUGCACUUACGUUCCAAGAGAAGGAGUAUUACCGUAAGAGGGCUGAAGAGAGCAGGGGGUUUGAUGUUCCGGAUAUACCUGAUGAUAUUGAUCCUUGUGAAAUAGAUGUUAAGCCAUUUAAGUUGGACCAGCACCCCCCUGGAAGUGAGCUAUGGAAGGAGCUCGCAGAUUAUUCAAAGUUAGCUCUUGACAAGUACAACAAGUGUAACAGCGCAGCAAAGUACCAGUUUGCGAAGUUAAUCAAGGCAAACUACGGAGGUGGUUAUCCUUUCGAGUAUUUUAUUACAUUUCAGGCCUAUGAUAUGGCUUGUUUUCGCUGUAAGACUUUCCAAGCUAGUGUGACUAUAGGGUUUAAGGAAACAACGGCGGAUUGCUGGCCUGAACCGUAUCCAACUUCUCGAAGGUCCAGACAUAAUAUCGACGCUGGUGCAGUGGAAUGCUCAUCUGCUGAUCAACACCGAAUGAACCUUCUUUAGAAGCAUUUGUCAGCACUACCUUUCUUACUCACCACAGUUGAACUUUCGGUUGUCUUGUUUUUCUUGAGCG